UUCUGCAAGAUUUCUACUAGAUUUGGCUUAAAGGAACAUAUCGCUGCCAAAUUAAGCUUCUACAUUACAUGAAGCAAUAUCCAGAAAUAGUAUCAGACAUCUGCAACAGGGUGGAGUUCUGAACGUACCAUGGAGAAGAGUACUUAUCUGCGGUGUAACAAGGUUAAAGACAAAUGGGAGUGUGAGAAAUUUAGUUUUCAAGGUGAUAAUUCAUUUGGGUUAACAUGGCCUCCAAGAAACUAUAACUGCAGCUUUUGCAAGAGAGAAUUCAGGUCUGCUCAAGCUCUUGGUGGUCAUAUGAACGUUCAUAGAAGAGAUAGAGCCAGGUUGAGACAGUUACCUUCACCUGUUGUUGAAUUUCAGAACCCUAAAUUUAACUCUAACUCUAACCCUAACCCUAGUUUUUCUUCUUCAUCAUCUCCUUCAUCUAAGUUCUUACCAUUCCCUUACUCAACUAAGUCCUUGCUUUCUCCCUCUCUCACUUCUUUCUCUUCAUCAUCCUCAGCCUCUACAAAUGAGGAAAAGAAACGAUUACUUGAGUGUACUGGGCGAGAUGCUUUGACCCCUCGAUGGGGAGAUGUAUCUAAGAAGAAGAACAUGAAGGCUGAAUGGGCCGGGAAAUUGAAGGGUUGUGCACACAAAGUUUCCAGGAAAGAGGAAGUUAUUAGCUUGGACUUAGAGAUGGGGUUAAAAGAUCCCAAAGAAGUUUUAGAUUUGGAGCUUCGGCUUGGGCAUGUUUAAGUGCAAUCUUCACCAAUUCUCUGUGCCAUAAUCAAAAUAUUUGGCUUUGAAUUUGGUUCUCUUGGUGCAAUCUUUUGUUUACCUUAGCUCGAUUAAUGUUUCCGUACACUAGUAUUAUGCAAAGGGUAUGUCAAAAGGCAUUGAGAAGAAAGAAAAUUAAAACCACGUCCCUUUACAUAUUCCAUUUUGCUUCUCUUCAGUCUUAAAUCUCAGUACUAGAUUAUGUAUGUAUCGGAAGAUUAAUUAAGAUCCAAUUUAUGUUUACA